AUAUUGAUUUAAAUUCAUUCAAUUAUGAAAGACAUUGUGACAAAUUGGAUCCAACUGUGUUAGAAAAUGAGAAUUGUGUAUUUGACCAAAAUUUAAUAGGACAAUAUACAAUAAAUAUUGAUUCCAAUGAUUCUCCAAAGGUUAAAAAAUUAGUUGAUCAGUUUGAAUCUGAAAUAUUAGGUAAUGUUUUAGUUUUAAAUGAAAUUUUUGGAUAUACUUAUAAUAAACGAACAGAUUGUCUUGGUUUUUGGAAAAGUAUGUUACAUACUAUGGCUGAAAAACCUGAUUAUGAUUUCGACCAAGGUGUUCAUUUGGAUAAGGAAUACUUAAUGACUCAACUAAACUAUAGUAAAAAACCCAUGAAUACAGCAUACAACUGCUUAUCUAAAGCGUUGGAACUUGCGUAUUCUCGUCCAGCAAGAUUAACUGCAGAAGCUAGAGAUGUGGAAAAUGGAGCAAUAGAAGCUAGAUCAGCACUAACAGAAAUCAGAAUAGCAGAAGCCAGAACAGCAGAAGCUAGAGCAAUAGAAGAUCGAGCAAUUGAAUUAGAAGCUGAAACAGCAAGAGCAGCUGCAAAUGCUGCCGAUGCUGCAAUUUUGGCUAGAAAGGCUAGAGAGUCAGCAAUUAUGGUAAGAGAAGCUAAUGAAGCAAGCUUAGCUAGAGCAGAGGUACAUGCAGAGCAAAUGAUACAAGCAGAACUAAUAACAAAUGAAGAAGAAAUAACAGAUGAAGAAGAAAUAACAGAUGAAGAAGAAAUAACAGAUGAAGAAGAAAUAACAGAUGAAGAAGAAAUAACAGAUGAAGAAGAAAUAACAAAUGAAGAAGAAAUAACAGGUGAAGAAACAAAUGGGUUACUUGGUGAUUUCCAAAAUUUAGCCGUACAGACAAGUGCAGCCGUUGUAACAAAUAUUAGCCUUGAAACGAUUGAUCCUGGUAUAUUAAGUGUUACUGUGGAUCAUUUUAACCAAGAAUUGAAAACCACGAUUGAUAUUUUAAUUGAAAAAUGUUUGAAAAAUGAAGAUGAAAUAACUCAGGAAAGUUUAACAUCGAAUAUUGAUUCUAUAAUAUCCACAUUUUUCCAAGACAUAAAAAGAUUCAUGUCAACUCAAAAUUUAACAUCGAAUUAA